GCUGCACUUGUUCUCUUAGCAGUUUGCAGCGGCCAUUUCAAAGAAACCAUCACAAAGACAAGAGAAAGAUCAGGGAAGCAGCCAUUCCCAAGAUGCUGGCAUCCUGCCUUCUGAGAAGAGCCGUCCUUACAGCUCCUUUAGUUUUUGUGGUUGCCCUGCUGGUGGCGGAGCCUGUUAGAGCUGACCAAGAAGCAGGAACAGCCAUUCCAGCUGAAAGCCGCCCCUGUGUCGAUUGCCAUGCCUUUGAGUUCAUGCAGAGAGCUCUGCAGGAUUUAAAGAAGACAGCAUAUAAUCUAGACACGAGGACAGAAACUCUGCUUCUUCAGGUGGAAAAGAGAAAUCUGUGUGACUGUGUAGCUGCCAAUCUACUGAACUGAAUCCUGGAGACACCUGAGGAGAGUCACCGGCCCAGCGGUUUUUAAAAUGCAGCUGUAUAAAAUACAGCUUUAUGGAGCUCACAUUGCAAGCAUGUAUGCCCCAAUGUACCAGUGAGAUCGGGGCCCUGUCUCUGAUGUAUUUGUCUGUUCUGUAUCUUUUUUAAAAAGUACCCUCUUCUCCCAUCUGCUGGAUUGCCAGUGAAGGCUCAAUUCACUGAAAUCUGUUACUUGAUAUUAGGGUGGGGGGGAAAAUGUACCUGCUUUGAUUUUUAAUCAGAACUUGCCAAGUGUAACCCCCAAGAUAAUAUUGGAGAUCAGUGCCCUAGAGACAUGUGCAGCUCGUUUUUGUCUCUAAUAUGAACAUAUGUCUGUGGCAACUUACCCAGUUACAUUGAGACAUGGCAUUGUGGUCUCUGUAGGCUUUGCCUGUGUAUUAAAGAUGAUGAAGUCCUUUC